GCUCGUCGGAAUUUUUGUUGUUUGCCUUGGUCAGGGUACGUCAGGCUUCGUUCUGCAUUUGUUCCACGUGUCAACGCUACUAGGGCUGUAUCCUUAGGUCACCUGGACCAUAUUACGACCAGCAUGGGUAAGUGCAGAACACAGAAGACGAGGAAGCGCAAGUUUGCUGGAAAUCGCUACACGACGACGAGGCUGCCUACUGACACAGACGCCGGUAUUUCGGCGACCGCGAAGAAGCUUGGGGACAUAACCAAGGCGUACAAGGCUCCGCUAGAGAAUUCUACGCUCCAAGGGAACAGGAUAAUGGACAUUGGUAUUCUUUCUUCAGUGUUUUCAUCGCUGGCAUGUUCCGAAUGCAUGAACACAACACUGAAGCUCGGGGAACGCUCUCACCAAGGGAUAUGCUCGGCUUGUGCGGUCGUGUGUACCAACUGUGGGUUCGAGCGCCCAUUUCAUACGUCGAGAAAGGUGGGUCGUGCCAAUGAGAACAAUUUACGUCUGGUUUACGCGAUGCGCCAGUUAGGAAAAGGGCACGCUGGUGCGAAAACUUUUUCCAAAGUGAUGAACAUGCCUGCUCCUCCACGUCACUCCGCCUACGACAAAUUGUCAUCUCGGCUUUCUGCAGCGGCAAGAGAAGUGGCGUCGAAGUCGAUGACUGAUGCUGCUGUGGAAGUUCGUCGUGUUGUGGGGAGUGCCGAGUGUGGUGUUUCAGGUGAUGGCACGUGGCAGAAGCGUGGCCAUUCAUCUUUGAACGGUUGUGUGUCUGUGAUUUCUGUUGACACGGGAAAAGUUAUUGAUGUUGAGGCCCUUUCUAGCUCGUGUAAGUCUUGUAAAACCAAAAGCAAGUUGAGGCAAGAUAGUGCUUCGUACCAGGAAUGGAAGGCAAACCACACUUCCUGUCAAGCAAACCAUGAAGGAAGUGCUGGCAGUAUGGAGACGGUUGGUCUAUACCGAAUAUUUGAAAGGUCGAAAGGCAAAAGGGAUUUGAAGUACCUGCAGUACUACGGCGAUGGUGAUUCCAAGAGCUAUGCCGCUGUGAAAGACAUGUAUGGGAAGGACAGUGUGCAGAAACUGGAAUGCAUUGGGCAUGUCCAGAAGCGUGUUGGCUGCCGCCUCAGAAAACUGAAGAAGACAGUGCGUGGACUCGGUGGUAAGGGAAAGCUCACUGAUGCCCUCAUUGACCGCCUGCAAAACUACUAUGGCUUCGCCAUAAGGGCUAAUGUGGGGAACCUUUCUGCAAUGAAAAAAGCUACCCUUGCCAGUCUUUUUCAUUGCAGCUCUACCGACAAGCAGCCGAGACAUGGCCUGUGUCCACUUGGACCGAAAAGCUGGUGCGGAUACCAAAGGGUCGAAGCACUCGGCCAAGGGAAAUAUGUACACAAAGGAGGACUUCCAGAUGAUGUGCUCAACAAAGUUAAAACUGUCUACAGUGAUCUGUGCUCUGAUGAACUUCUAAUGAAGUGCCUGCAUGGAAAGACGCAAAAUGCUAAUGAGUGUUUCAAUGGUCUAAUAUGGAAGCAGGCACCCAAAGAGGUCUACGUAAGCUUGCCUACAGUAAUGUUUGCCUUGCAUGAUGCUGUGGCACACUUUAAUAAUGGCAGUGUAAGCACCCUAGAUAUCCUGAGGCAAGCUGGCAUAGAACCAGGGUACUACACGACGAAAGCUUGCAUCGCGGGGGAUCACCAGCGCAUGCAGAAUGCUAAACGCAAGUCAGCGGAUGGGACAAAACAGGCCAGGAAGAAAAGACGAGCGGCCACCCGAAGAAAAGGAGACUAUAAUGCUUCCGCAGAAGGGCCCAGCUAUGAAUCUGGUGCAUUUUAGGACUGCAUGCGAAGAUUGUGACACUUUUUACAAGCUCGGAAAUCUUUGUUUACGUUUUUCUGAAAAUAACAAUUUGCUCCAAAUGUUGCGACGCAAACUUUCAUAACUUAUUUAUCAGCGUAUACUUUGAACUGAAAUUUUGCACAAUGAUUUACAACAUAUAUAUCUGUGCAGUCAACUAGAAUAAAAGAAAUCCAUGGAAUAUUUUUCAAUUCACAGCUGAAUUCUCAAACAGGUUCAGUCUAAAUUGGCUCUUUUUCCCCGUUUUCUUGUUUUUUUAACAUUACUUCCUUGAUAUUUACUGCAUAAUAUUUAUUCUAGUUCACUGCAUAGCUCCAGCCAUUAGUUACACAAAUGUCAAAGCUUUACUGAAUAAAGCCACCCAUUAUUCACUUAUCACAGCUGGCGUGGCUAGCACUUUUAAUGCAAUUUUUGACAAAGAUUACCUCCCAAUAAAUAAAUAUUCAAUAUUUUGCACUGUAAAUGGCUGGGUAAGUUAAAUAAGACAUGCUUGUUUUGAGGAAAUAGUUAUUUCAACGCUGGCUGCUCUUAAAAAAAUAUUUUGUUUUUGAGUGGCCUACUAC